AUGAAAUACUUUAUCAUAUUAUCAGCCAUCUCAUUGGCUACGGCAGCUCGACUUGAAAACGUUUACCUGCCACCUGAUUCCGCUGCAUCGGGUGGAGCAAAUGCGGGUUUACAAACGCCUAUUGGUCCAGAAUCUCCGGAAUCUUACCAGGCACCAUCAGGAUUAUACCAAGCCCCAGCAAGGUCAAACCAAGCAUCAGCUGGAUCGUACCAAGUGUCAACAGGAUCAUACCAAGCACCAGUGGCAUCAUACCAAGCACCUGCUGGAUCUUACCAAGCUACAGCUGGAUCCUCUCAAGCAUCAGCCAGCAGCCAGGCCCAGAUAUUAAGAUACGAUAAUGAACAAGAUGACCAGGGAUGGCACUACGCUUAUGAAACAAGCGAUGGAAUCAAAGCGGAACAGAAUGGUCGUGUAAUCCCGGGUUCUGUUCCCGAGCAGGGUUCGCUCGCGGUGACAGGAUCAUUCUCCUACAUUGGUGACGAUGGACAGACCUACUCCGUGUCUUACACAGCUGAUGAGAAUGGUUUCCAUCCAAGUGGUGACCACCUCCCCACUCCACCGCCCAUCCCUGAAGAGAUCCUAAAGAGUUUGCAGCUUACUGCUGUAAACGAUGAUAAAUACAACAGUCGGAAAAGCAGUUACGACGCAGACGCUGGAUAUUAA